AUGUCUCUCAAAAACCAGCUGCAGAGAAGCCGUAAAGGCUCUCAAACUAUCACUGAAUUUUUAUUUCAGGUGAAAAGAAUAGCUGAUGAACUAGCAGUCUUGGAUGCUACAAUCUCAGAUGACGACAUCACUCUCUAUGUACUCAACGGUCUUGGAUCAGAUUAUCGUGACAUCGCUGCUUCCAUCCGAACUAGAGAACGCUCCUUCACCUUUGAAGAGUUACACAACAAUCUCAUUGCACAUGAAGAAUUCAUGCAGAAAGAAGAUGCACCUGCAGAUGUUACUGUCCCAACAGCAAACUUCUAUCAGUGA